AUGAAUUUACCUUUCAGUACCCCAGAUUUGGAGGAUGGGUUUGCAGCCUUGACCCCCUUAAAGAACCGACCUCCUUUUGCAGGACCCUCAAGUUUUAGCUGGAAUCAAGAACCUAUUGGACCACCACCAAAAGGAAAAGGAAAGGCCUCUGCAACACAACUACGAGACCCGGAUGAUGAGUUAUCUGACGAUGAAAACAUCACUCCUCAAAAAUACAGCAAUCAACAAGCACCCCCUCUGUCAGGCUAUGGAAUGCACAGUACCCAAAACAAGGGGGAAGAUGUCUUUUCACGAAACAAUCAACAAAUACCGCAACAAAAUGUACCACAACAAAACAUACCUCAACAGCCCAUAUAUCCACAACCAGCUUACCUUGCUUCACCUAAAAUCAUCAAAGAACCUGGCCUCUUCUAUGACGGGGAAAAUUUUUCAAAGUUUCUACGACGAUUUGAAAGAGCGGCACAGGCAUUCCAAGCAUCAGACUACGAGAAGGCCCUUCAAAUAGGCUGCUUCAUGAAAACAGAAGAACUCAGAGAUCAAAUAGAAGCCAUGGACGGAUAUAUAGCAUACGAUUGGCCCAAGUUACGAAAAGAAAUGAUCGACACCUGGGGCGGUUUGGAUAACACGAUUUUAUAUACGACCAACGAUCUAGUCAAAGUUACCGAAAAAGUAGCCGCAAAAGGAGGCAUCAAGACCAGUCGCGAGCUAACUGCUUAUGUAACCAAAUACACCUCUAUUAUGAAGUACCUGAUCACCAAUGGGCACAUUCACAAGGAGGAAGACACAUCAAUUCUGUUCAUGAAAGAAUUUUCAAAAGAAAGUCAGCAAAACAUAAAACGGCAUCUAGUCAGCUAUGACUUACUUCCCAAAGGACCGGAUGGAAGUAAUUUACCUCCUAAAUGGGCUCAUUUAGUCAAAGUGGCGGAAAUGGAAGUCAGAAUUGUGGAACCUGGAUAUCUGGACGUCACCAACACCAAUUUUUCAGAAGCAAAUCAGUUAAUGCAGAAGAGAUUGGAUGCCCAAAAGGGGGACAGCCAGCGGCGAAACCAAAUGAUAGCAGAUGCUCCAAGCGGGAAAAUGGCAGUGGACAAAACAAUUGAAGACAUGGCCAAGGAAAUAUCGUUGUGGUGGCGGGAGCGCGCCUUGGCCAAAGCUUUGGCCGAGCUGACGCUACACAAGCAGGCUGAGGAAAGCGGCGGUGCAUUAGUGGAAAGUCUAGCUUUCCAAGGCGCGGGAAAGCGGAGAAAAGUAGACCGAAUGCACAAGGUUCUGAAAAGCUUACUGCGGGGAAUCCGGGCACCGGCAGACACCGGGGAUCACAGCCGACUGCGGAACGGGGGUUCAGUGUAUACUGCGGAGGGGCUACAAGGAGCGGGGAGCAUCGAGGGGCGGAAGCGGGGUUCGGAGCGGACCAGAGGCGGAAGCGGAGGUGGGAGACCUGCUUACGAGCAGCCGGAGGAGUACUUGGACCGACAGGCGUCGGAGGGGUGA